CACUUGAUAAUACCGGCUCUUAUAUUACGAAGGAGGAGAUUUGGAAUGAAGGAAUAGUUGUUAUAAAGAAUCGAUAUGAUUCAAUCAACGAUCUUAAAACUUUUUUAUCAACAUUUAAUUUUCCAUGUGAGUCAUAUGAAAACAUUCUAAGAUGGCUAAUAGGACGAGUUGGAUUUUCAACUUCCUUUAUCGAAGAAUGGUUUAGUAGCACGUAUAAUAUUGUAACACUAUUUGAAAAAUUUAAACAACGGUAUACCGACCCAACUCACAAUGAAAGCAUUAUGGUUAGGAUAAUUCAAAGUACCGAUAGUGAAUUUGUCAGAAGGGGAGUAGAACGAGACAAUUUGGGUGGAUUUCAAGUAACAAUAAGUGAGCCGCUUGUUAUAGAAUCGGCAAUUUCAUAUUUUAAAAAAUUUAGAAACACAUCUACAUACAUUCUUGACAAAAUGAUCGAUGAAACUUUUGAGGAUAGCAAUGCACAUAUUUUAUUUAAAAAAAAGCUUCCAUUUGAAAAUUGGAAAAUUUAUGAACCAUGCAACAAUAAUCGCAAAUUAUGUGUACAGUCAAUGCGCUGCACACCUGACUUUAACCUCCCAAAAUUUUUAGAAAACCCGGUUGUGCCUUUUUUUUUUCCUGAAAAUGAAGCAGGCCCGGAUAUCGUUACCUUUGUACAUCCCGUUGGCAUGCCAGAAAAGAGAUUCAUUACAUUUGUUCAAGUAAAAUUGCGUGAAAAACACUCAAGAGAUGAUUUAAUAACGACGGAUCCCAAGAAAUUUUAUCAUAAAAGAAAGGGAACAUGUCAAUUGUUAAAGGGUGAAUGUUACAAGAAUUCAUACGAAAAAGUUUUGGAUUUGAUCCACAACAAUUAUUGUGGUGUGUUUAGAAUAUUUAUAAGUUAUCCGGCCUUAGUGGCAUUAAAGGAAGAAAAUCUUGAAAUUGAGAAUUCGUCAUUCGACAAUGUAGUUGAAGAUUGGAUUGCUUUAAUUUUUGAUGAUGAACAUAUUAAAAUACUCAAAGAUUUAAAAAAUCCUAAGAGAAAAGCAAUAGAUAGUAAUAGU